AAAAAUUGACAUGAUGUACCUUACACACGUACAACACAGAUGGCCGGUUUCCGAUCACGCUAUUUGAUAUUUUUCAUCAUCUUACCGCUGUACAAGCGGCGAUCCAAGUCGAAUAAUUGGGACCUAAGCGUUCAGGAAUGAAAAGCCGUGGAAAACGUCGAUUAAAAAAUAAUUUCGCAAAUGGCUAGAUGUGUAAACCGAUUUAAACAGAGCUAUAUCUCAACCUCAGUGUGAUAUAUAAUAUGUAAGCAGAACUGAGAUAAAUAAUUCGCAUCAAGGUUCCCGUUCUCCGAUCAAACCAAUUUUGGAAACUUUGGGUACAGGACGGCUAGCCAACACGUUCUGAUUUCCUGUUGCCGUCGGUUUGCGUAUUUUUUUUCCACGCGUGACCGAUUGGUUCAACACGCGCUUGUUCAGUGACUGUCGUCCAUUGAUCGGAUUUACGACUUAAAAAUAGAAUGCGUGUAAUUAAUAUAUUAAAAUUUCUCCAAAAUGCAAACACUUAUGUAUGAGGCUAUGUUGCAAUGGAGGCACUUCUGGAAAACCUUGUCGAACAUGUUAUAUGUCCGAUUUGCUCGGACACCUACACAGAUCCCAAGACUAUAGCUUGUCUUCAUACUUUCUGCUGUGAAUGCUUGAAAAAACAUGCUCUGGCGACUCAGAAACAGGGACGCUAUCGAUGCCCUGAGUGCCAGACAGACCUUGACAUCCCUGAAGGAAGUCGUUUCACCGAUUUGCCGAGCAGUUUUCAACACAAAAACUUAUUGAGCCUUCUUGCUGUUCGAAUAAAUAGUGAAGGAAGUGCAGUAGAUUGUAGUAUAUGUCGGAAACACAGUGCCGAAACGAGCUACUGUUUUGAUUGCCAGAAAUUUAUGUGCUGUGAUUGCGUAAAAGCUCACGAAUUGUUCCGCACAACUGCGUUUCAAGGGCAUAAAGUGACGCUUUUGAAACAGUUUAUAACAGAGGAUUACGAAGCCUUGUUAAAACGGCCGUUAUUUUGCUCACAAAAGCAACACGAGCGAGAAGUAUUGAAGUUUUACUGUUUUCAAUGUCAAAGUUGUAUUUGUCAAAUUUGUAAUGACACGGAUCACAGAAGCCACGAUGUUGUGCCGCUUGACGAGGCAGCAGACGCCGAAAAAGCCAAGAUCAUGUCCGAAGUUGAGGCGAUGAAAAAAAAAAGAGAGACUUACACUGAAAUUCUUCGUCAAAUGGAGACGAAUAAACAAGAUUUGGAAUGCAGCUUGGCUGCUGCGAAACACCAAGUUUCUCAAGCAGCGGAAAAAAUGAUCGCGAGGGUUCGAGCACUCGAGAGUGAAGCCAUUACAUCCCUCGAGAACACGCGCGCGUCGAGGAUCGAAAAACUGAGUUCAGCAAGGGAAUCUGCCAAGUCUUUGCUCAGGCAAAUAAACCAAACAGUUGAGUUCGGUAACGACUUGCAGCAGAGAAGGCCAACCUCAGAUGUCGAACAAAGCAAAAAGUAUUUAGAAGAGCGAUUAAAAGAGCUCAGUGAAACUCAAGUACCAACAGUUUCCGUCAGUCCGUUUGUCCAAUUCGUUCCAACAUGGUCACCUGAGAGUUUGAACCUUGGAUUCGCAACAAUCAAUAUAGAUGGAAAUGAAUCAACGCUAGACGGCCAAAGUUUCCGAGCUGGUGAAGAAGGAGCGAUAUCGAUUUGCCCAAAACUGCACAAAGAUGAAUUCAGAAAUAAAAAGCAGAAAGUUCAGGCUGAAGUACGCAUGGAGCCUGCUGAUCAGAUAGCAAGCCUGAAAAUCUACCAAGAGGAAAACGGAACUUUUCAAGUUAAGUUUGUAGCUAAUGUACCAGGUAUUUAUAUAGUCGAAGUUAUGAUAAACGGCGAACCCCUUGAUCAAAACCCUCUCAAUGUGCAAGUAAUGGAAGCGGGAAAGACGAGUUGACUUUUGACACGGACUGAAACAAAAAUUGUUCACGUAUGGAUAAAAACUGUUGGAACUUUCCACCCUUUGAAAGGUGCCAUUGCCAUGAUACAAGUCCCAAUUUUGGUAAAAAGUUAUGUACAGAGAGUGAGGGAGAGACCAGCAAGAAAAGUUCGUUUUCUACAUGGAUCAGUAAAUUAUCCGGCUUCCCGCUAACAGCUUUUGAACUGGCUGCCAAUCAUAGCAGAUCACACAGCAGAUCACAGCAGAUCACAUAGCAGAUCAUAGCAGAUCACAUGAACUUGUCAAUCAUAACAAAAUGAUCCUGAUGAAUAUGAGAGUGAUCUUCGCAGUAAUGAACACUAAUUAAGCAGUAGUGAAAAUAAACCGGGAAAAAAAGUCAGGCCCAUAUGGGAUUUGAACGCAUCACCUUUGCGACAGAGAGGGGUGACAUUUGUCGAAUUUCGAUUUCGAGGUCAAUGGUGUGAAAGAGUCGACGAUUACUUUGAUAUUCAAUUGAUUGUAAAGAUUUGUGGAGAACAAGAAAAUUUUUUAAAUUGGUAAAAACUCCCAAAUUAAAAUCGCGCUCUUUAAGGAAAAAUAUCACUGACCUAAACUACAUAAUUAUAUGGCUAUGAAUAAUAAAAUUAUAAUGUGCUGAUUUGACAAAGGUAAUGCAAUGUUGGGAAUUGCCUCCAAGAUUGAACCAACACGCUCACAUAAAUCCCAAUUUCUUCUCGUUUAUUAUCAAUAACCGAACGCUAACAACGAAAUCAACAACAACUCCCCUCGCUGUCACUGUUCCAAAGUCUCCUCUCCGCUCACGUGUUCUGCUACAUCUUUUAUCACUGUCAAUCAUUGGUUUUGGGCGUGUCAUUUGACAUUUUCUCAAGUCACAUUGUUUAUGAUCAAACAUAGCGAAAAUCACGCUAAAGGUAACAAACGACUAAUGAUCACAAUAUUACGCAUGAUUUCCGACAGCAAAUUCUUCAAAAGU